AUGGUGCCUGCUCGACUGCCGCGUGCUGCUCUGACAGCCACUGCGGCUAUGGAAAGAAGUGCUGCGGCGGCCAGUGCAAGGAGUGCUGCAGCGACAGCAACUGUGGCUAUGGAAAGAAGUGCUGUGGAGGGGUCUGCACCAGUGCCCAGUGCUGCUCUGACAGCCACUGCGGCUAUGGGAAGAAGUGCUGCGGCGGCCACUAUGGAAAGAAGUGUUGCGGUGGCCAGUGCAAGGAAUGCUGCAGCGACAGCACCUGUGGCUAUGGAAAGAAGUGCUGCGAAGGGGUCUGCACUAGUGCCCAGUGCUGUUCUGACAGCCACUGCAGCUAUGGCAAGAAGUGCUGCGGUGGACAGUGCAAGGAAUGCUGCAUCGACAACAACUGUGGCUAUGGAAAGAAGUGCUGUGAAGGAGCCUGCAGUAGUGCUCAGUGCUGCUCUGACGCUCAGUGCAGCUAUGGGAAGAAGUGCUGUGGUGGCCGCUGCCAGGUGAUCUGCUGCUAUGGCAGCGGCUGUGGUCCAGUAAAGAAGUGAUGCGGAGGGGUCUGCACAAAUGCUCAGUGCUGCGCUGACAGUCACUGCAGUUAUGGACAGAAGUGCUGCAGUGGCCAGUGCAAGGAGUGCUGCUCUAGCAGCCAAUGUGGCUAUGGAAAGAAGUGUUCUGGAGGCUCAUGGAAGAAGGUGGAAUGUUGCGCUAACAACAACUGUCCGUAUGGCAAAAAGUGCAUUAAUAACUKCUGUAAGAACUAGUAAGCGGGACACGGUCCACUACAAGACAAGAAUUUCAAGGCCAUAUCUGGGGGACAGUUUGAUAGUUUAGAAGAAAUGUAAAGCAACUGAAGUUGAACUGCAAGACUAGCAACUAUAGCACACAAUAGCAGGAGGGCAUCUAUAGGUGGAUUGGGAUCUGUAGCAGACACAAUUAUAGCAGGAAUGGCAACCAUAGCACGCAAUAGCAGGAGGGCAUCCAUAGCAGGACCACAUCUAUAGCAGGAGUGAAGUCUGAAGAUCUUAAUCCCCUGGGAGGACAGAAGCCUAAUCACAAUGCAACAUCAUUGGAGUUGGCACAAAAAAGAGGCCUUUCCAGUGUAGCUGGAGAAGUUUCAUGCAUCAAGCCCAAGACGUGCUGAAUCGCUUUAUGUUAUAACUUAUGGAGACUUAGUACGGAGUUCCAUCAAUAUAAAAAACUUUAAUGUGUCUCGUAUAUCUAUACUGGCAAUGGAUAGCACAAGUGCACCUGAAACAUUGCGGAAAUGUUUGCCAAAUUGCCAGUGCUCAUUACCCUUGUCUUGGACAACCACUUUUCUGCAAUGUACAAGGAUUACUAAAGAGAUGUUCACCAGAUC